AUGGCUGCUGAAGAACAUAUUUUUCGUGAAUUUCUUGAAACUUAUAAUCGUAUUGUUGAAGAAUGUUUUAAUCGAUGUGUUUAUACAUUUAAUUAUCGAUAUUUACUUGAUAAUGAAGUUGAUUGUGCAUCACGUUGUACAUCAAGAUAUGUUAAUUAUAAUCAACGAUUGGCAAUGAAUUUUGCUAAAAUUCAAUCUAAGAAAAUGAUUGAUGCUCAAGAACAAGCUGAAGCACAGCAAGAUCCAUCAUUAAUGGUGAAUACUCAGAUUGCUGAUACUUCUAAACCUUCCUAA